AUGCAGAGUUUCGACACGUACUUCGGGGAAUUCUAUGGAGCGACCAUGUGGAAUGCCAACACCCCAACGUCUGAAGAUUGCCUCUACUUGAAUGUGUUUGUCCCUGGCAAGGUUAAUGCGAACAGAAGACUUGCUGUAAUGGUCUGGGUUUAUGGAGGUGGAUUUUGGUCGGGAACAUCCACGCUUGAGGUAUACGAUGGGAAAAUUCUGCCAGUGUGA